CCUUACUCAAAAUCUUCCAAGCCAGUAGCCAGCUGCUUCAUUUUUCUAUCAGUUUUGACCUUGUUUCAGGAAAUUAUAGGAAAAAGAAAAAUUAUUAGAAUGGCUUCCCAUUUAUCUUUUGCUUGCAUGAUUUUAACGAUUUUCUUCAUACCUAAUUACUCAAGCUUAUGUCAAGCACAACUUUCUUCAAACUUCUAUGACAAUACAUGUCCUAAUGCGCUUACUACUAUUAAAUCUGCUAUUGAUGCAGCAAUCGAAAGUGAGCAGAGAAUGGCUGCUUCGCUCAUUCGUCUUCAUUUCCAUGAUUGCUUUGUGCAGGGUUGUGAUGGCUCAGUUUUGCUGGUGGAUACUCCCACAUUUACUGGGGAGAAAUCUGCACGUAACAAUGCCAAUUCUAUCAGAGGAGAAAAUGUGAUUGAUGAUGCCAAGGCUCAAGUAGAGAGCAUAUGUCCUGGAAUUGUUUCGUGUGCUGACAUUCUUGCAGUUGCAGCUCGUGAUGCAUCUGUUGCUGCUGGUGGACCAUCUUGGACAGUUAAUCUUGGAAGAAGGGACUCCACUACUGCAAGCUUAGCCCAAGCUAACAGCGAUCUUCCUGGCUUUUCAGACCCCCUAAACAGGCUCAUUUCUUUGUUCAGCGACAAAGGAUUGAAUGAAAGAGAUAUGGUUGCCCUUUCAGGAGCUCAUACUAUCGGCCAAGCUCAAUGUGUAACAUUCCGCGACAGGAUAUACAACAACGCAAGUGAUAUCGAUCCUGACUUUGCUGCCACAAGAAGAGGCAAUUGUCCACAAACUGGUGGCAAUGGUAAUCUUGCACCACUUGAUUUGGUCACACCCAAUAAUUUUGAUAACAACUACUACAGCAACCUUAUGGCAAAAAGAGGGCUUCUUGCGUCAGAUCAAAUACUUUUCAGUGGCGGAUCUACAGACAGCAUCGUUAACGAGUACAGCACAGACUCUUCAUCUUUCGACUCUGAUUUUGCUGCUGCUAUGGUAAAGAUGGGGAAUAUAAGUCCCUUAACUGGCACUCAAGGGGAGAUUCGAAGGCUUUGCAGUGCUGUUAACUAAAUCCUCAACAAUGAAUCAUUCAACUGUCAUAAUUCACUAAAUAUAUGCAUGCGUUGUUUUUUCUUCAAUAUUUUACAAUAAAAUUACAGUGGAAGAAUAUAGCUUAAGCUAGAGUUGUUCCAGUAAUAUGUCCCAAAACUAUUGUAUUUUCAAUUCUGAAUUGUGUCCUUUGUAAUUCUAUCUGAGUGAAUAUUACAAAUCUGAGUGAAGGGUAAUCAAGUCCCUUAUAGAAGUUGUUUGUACUUGGCAGCUUUUUAUAAAACGGAAAGUUCUUGGAUUA